CGCCCGCCGCCGCCGCCGCCGCCGCCGGUGCGGAGCGUGGGGAGCACUCGGCCACAGCCCUCGCCUGCAGCGGAGGGUCCUGCUCCGCACUGCUGGCCAGGCGGCCCAGUGCCCUGGCCUUUCUGUCCUUGGGGCUGAUCGUUGCUUGCCGGGAGCCCUCCCGCAGCAACAGCGAAAGCCACAGCAGAGGCCGCGGGGGCGGCUGUGCCCAUGCCGGGGUGUUCACACUUAGCCUCUUUUCCACCACCACCUUGCCUCACCUCAGCACUGGGAUCUUAGGUGGACACCUGUCCCUAGCUGCAAUUGAGUUGAAACAGCACCUGUGAGAAGACUGACAGAAUGGGCGACAUGGCAAACAGUUCCAUUGAGUUCCACCCCAAGCCCCAGCAGCAGCAGGAAGUGCCCCAUGUGGGUGGCUUUGGAUGCACACUAGCAGAACUACGAAGCCUAAUGGAGCUCCGAGGUGCUGAGGCACUGCAGAAGAUUCAAGAAGCCUAUGGGGAUGUCAGUGGGCUGUGCAGGAGGCUGAAGACCUCACCUACUGAGGGCCUGGCAGACAACACCAAUGACUUGGAGAAACGCAGGCAGAUCUAUGGGCAGAACUUCAUCCCCCCAAAGCAGCCUAAGACCUUCCUGCAGCUGGUAUGGGAAGCCCUGCAGGACGUGACUCUCAUCAUCCUGGAGGUGGCUGCUAUCGUCUCCCUGGGCCUCUCCUUCUAUGCACCUCCUGGAGAGGAAAGUGAAGCCUGUGGGAAUGUGUCUGGUGGGGCAGAGGAUGAAGGAGAGGCUGAAGCUGGCUGGAUUGAGGGGGCUGCCAUCCUACUCUCUGUCAUCUGUGUGGUGCUGGUCACAGCCUUCAAUGACUGGAGCAAGGAAAAGCAGUUCCGAGGUCUUCAGAGCCGUAUUGAACAGGAGCAGAAGUUUACUGUCAUCCGAAAUGGGCAGCUCCUCCAGGUCCCUGUAGCAGCCCUGGUGGUAGGGGACAUUGCCCAGGUCAAAUAUGGAGAUCUUCUGCCUGCCGAUGGUGUGCUCAUCCAAGGCAAUGACCUCAAGAUCGAUGAGAGCUCCCUGACCGGCGAGUCGGACCAUGUUCGAAAAUCAGCAGACAAAGAUCCUAUGCUGCUCUCAGGAACUCAUGUCAUGGAAGGUUCUGGAAGAAUGGUGGUAACAGCUGUUGGUGUGAACUCCCAGACAGGCAUCAUCUUUACAUUGCUUGGGGCAGGUGGAGAGGAGGAGGAGAAGAAAGACAAGAAAGGCAAGCAGCAGGAUGGGGCGAUGGACAGUAGCCAAACCAGAGCUAAGAAGCAGGAUGGGGCUGUUGCCAUGGAAAUGCAGCCCCUGAAGAGUGCCGAGGGUGGGGAAAUGGAGGAACGGGAAAAGAAGAAAGCCAACGUACCUAAGAAGGAGAAGUCAGUCCUGCAAGGAAAGCUCACAAAACUGGCUGUGCAGAUUGGGAAAGCAGGAUUGGUGAUGUCUGCUAUCACUGUCAUCAUUCUGGUCCUCUACUUUGUGAUUGAGACCUUUGUCGUGGAUGGCCGGGUAUGGCUGGCAGAGUGCACACCAGUGUACGUGCAGUACUUCGUGAAGUUCUUCAUUAUUGGAGUCACUGUUUUGGUUGUGGCUGUCCCUGAGGGCCUACCUCUUGCUGUUACUAUCUCCUUGGCUUAUUCUGUCAAGAAAAUGAUGAAGGAUAAUAACCUGGUACGCCACCUGGAUGCCUGUGAGACCAUGGGCAAUGCCACAGCCAUCUGUUCUGACAAGACGGGCACACUCACCACCAACCGCAUGACAGUGGUCCAGUCCUACCUAGGAGACACACACUACAAAGAGAUUCCAGCUCCCAGCGCCCUGACCCCCAAGAUUCUUGACCUUCUGGUUCACGCCAUCUCCAUCAACAGUGCCUACACCACCAAAAUUCUACCUCCAGAGAAAGAAGGCGCUCUCCCACGCCAAGUGGGCAACAAAACAGAGUGUGCUCUGCUGGGCUUCAUCUUGGACCUGAAACGUGACUUCCAGCCUGUACGGGAGCAGAUACCAGAAGAUCAGCUUUACAAAGUGUACACCUUCAACUCAGUUCGCAAAUCUAUGAGCACAGUUAUCCGCAUGCCUGAUGGUGGCUUCCGCCUCUUCAGCAAGGGAGCCUCAGAGAUUCUGCUCAAAAAGUGUACGAACAUCCUAAACAGCAAUGGUGAACUCCGAGGAUUUCGUCCUCGGGACCGGGAUGAUAUGGUGAAGAAGAUCAUUGAGCCUAUGGCUUGUGAUGGCCUCCGCACCAUCUGCAUUGCCUACAGGGACUUCUCUGCUAUCCAGGAGCCUGACUGGGACAAUGAGAAUGAGGUGGUUGGUGACCUUACCUGCAUAGCUGUCGUGGGCAUCGAGGACCCUGUGAGACCUGAGGUCCCUGAAGCCAUUCGAAAAUGCCAGCGUGCUGGCAUCACAGUCCGUAUGGUGACUGGAGACAACAUCAACACUGCCCGGGCUAUCGCAGCUAAGUGUGGCAUCAUCCAGCCAGGAGAGGACUUCCUGUGCCUGGAGGGGAAAGAAUUCAACAGAAGAAUUCGAAAUGAGAAAGGCGAGAUUGAACAGGAGCGGCUGGACAAAGUGUGGCCCAAGCUGCGCGUGCUUGCCCGGUCAUCGCCUACUGAUAAACAUACUCUGGUUAAAGGCAUUAUUGACAGCACGACUGGUGAGCAGCGGCAGGUGGUGGCUGUGACUGGAGAUGGCACCAAUGAUGGGCCAGCCCUCAAAAAGGCAGAUGUGGGCUUUGCCAUGGGCAUUGCAGGCACUGAUGUGGCCAAGGAGGCCUCUGACAUCAUUCUGACUGAUGACAACUUCACCAGCAUUGUCAAGGCGGUCAUGUGGGGCCGCAAUGUCUAUGACAGCAUCUCCAAGUUCCUGCAGUUUCAGUUGACAGUCAACGUGGUAGCUGUGAUCGUGGCCUUCACAGGUGCCUGCAUUACUCAGGACUCUCCUCUCAAAGCUGUGCAGAUGUUGUGGGUGAACUUAAUCAUGGACACAUUUGCCUCACUUGCCCUGGCAACGGAACCCCCAACUGAGUCACUGCUUCUGCGGAAGCCAUACGGCCGGGACAAGCCUCUUAUCUCACGCACCAUGAUGAAGAACAUACUUGGACAUGCUGUCUACCAGCUCACCAUCAUCUUUACCCUGCUAUUUGUUGGGGAGCUUUUCUUUGACAUUGACAGUGGAAGGAAUGCGCCUCUGCACUCACCACCGUCAGAGCACUAUACCAUCAUCUUCAACACAUUCGUCAUGAUGCAGCUUUUCAAUGAGAUCAAUGCUCGCAAGAUCCAUGGUGAGAGGAAUGUCUUUGAUGGCAUCUUCAGCAACCCCAUCUUCUGCACCAUUGUCCUGGGCACCUUUGGAAUUCAGAUUGUCAUUGUCCAAUUUGGAGGGAAGCCCUUCAGCUGUUCCCCACUGUCCACAGAACAGUGGCUCUGGUGCCUGUUUGUUGGUGUUGGGGAGCUGGUCUGGGGACAGGUCAUUGCCACCAUCCCCACCAGCCAGCUCAAGUGCCUGAAGGAAGCAGGGCAUGGGCCUGGGAAGGACGAGAUGACUGAUGAAGAGCUGGCCGAAGGGGAAGAAGAAAUUGACCAUGCUGAACGAGAGCUCCGCAGGGGCCAGAUCCUCUGGUUUCGGGGCCUCAACCGGAUCCAGACACAGAUGGAGGUAGUGAGUACCUUCAAGAGAAGCGGGUCAUUUCAGGGUGCUGUGCGCCGGCGGUCUUCGGUCCUCAGCCAGCUCCAUGACGUAACCAAUCUUUCUACCCCUACUCACGUAACUCUCUCUGCCGCCAAGCCCACCAGCGCUGCUGGCAAUCCGGGUGGUGAAAGCAUUCCGUAGCUCGCUUUAUGAAGGCCUGGAGAAACCAGAAUCCAAGAGUUGCAUCCAUAACUUCAUGGCAACACCCGAGUUUUUGAUCAAUGACUACACCCACAAUAUCCCGCUCAUCGAUGACACAGAUGUGGAUGAAAACGAAGAGCGCCUGAGGGCCCCACCUCCCCCACCCCCUAACCAGAACAACAACGCCAUAGACAGCGGCAUCUACCUGACCACGCAUGCCACCAAGUCAGCUACCUCUUCAGCAUUCUCUUCCAGGCCCGGGAGCCCACUCCACAGCAUGGAGACAUCCCUCUAACCGAAACUUUUCUCAGCACGUGUACACACACACACACACACACACACACACACACACACAGUCACACAUGCACCCAGCGAGGGGAACCCGUGCACCUGCCAAAGAGGGAAAUGACUAACAUGGCUAAAGACUUUAUUUAUGUGGUAUUUUCAGGAAGCCAAUUGAAUUCAAUAAGGGCACAGCCUACUAGGCUUCUUACUAAGUUCCCAUGAGGUGGGGGAAGGAGAAAGAAAGAAAAGGGAGGGAGGGAGGUUCUUCACCCAAUGUGAAGGAAAAGGAGAGCAUGACACAAGAUAUGCUUCCCACCAUUUUUCUACUGAUGCUUAUUUUUUUAAUGAACACUAGUUCUACCAGGUGUUCACCAUUUGGGCUGUGCAAUGCGGUAGGGGCUACCAGAGCCUAUUUGGAGCCUUGCUAUACCCAUAUCAAAAAAAAAGAAAAAAAGUAUAUGAAAACCAAGAAGGAGGUCAUUGUGCAGAUCGGCCACCAGAGGGAGCCACCUGUAAAGGUACCUUCUACUGCAAAGCACACAAAACCCAUCUGCAGACCGCAUGUGUGUGCGUGUGUCUAUAUGUAUGUGUCUAUAUGCAUAUACAUAUAUAUGACAAAAUUCAUAUUUAAAGAAUAAGGAACUAUUUACUGGCAUGAUAUUUCUAUUCUUCUCACCAGGCAUUUCCCUUUUGAAGUUUCAUUUUUGAAUGUAGCAAGGUUCUUUUCAGGGAACAAGACUACAAAAACAUCCUCUUGGUACUGUACUUCCCUCCCAAGCCCCUGAUCCGAGGAUCUCCAUACCUGACCCUGCUGAGAUUCCAGAAGAGGCAGUCUGGGGAGUGUUGUGCAAAGCCUUGCAGUUAGAACCUUUGUGCUUUGAGACCUCUAUCUGUAGAGGAGAAAAACUUUUCAACGGCAUUUUUAUUUAAAAGGAAAAUACCAAAGUAUUGAUGACAGUGGUCCCCUCCAGUGUGCAGCAAGGCAAGUUUUGAUUUUGGAUUCCUUCCACUUCAUUUCCAACACCUUCAUUUUUGGCUGGCAGCUUUCUGUUUUCAUACUCCAACUUUAAAAACAUGAUGAACCCUAGGAAGAGCUGUGAUGGAGCAGAGACAGAUGCUAGGAAAGGUUUGUUCCUCUGAACUUGUACUAUGUGCUUUGGCAAAUGACAGCAAGUACUCACUGGAUCUCCUCAGUGUCUGCGAGGGCAUGGGUGUGUCACCCACCAAAGUAUGCUUCCAGCCCAGGCCUUCUUGCCCACAGGACAAAUCCAACCCAGAAGGCAUAACUAUAGAAACAGAACAUUGCCACUGUUCUUUUCUGGCUGUUGCCUCUUCUGGGCCUGUGAGGACUGAGCAUGGGGUCAGUCAGCAGGCCUUGGGUCCACCUAGACAGGUAAGACUAGAAAAGCCAGGUCUGGAAAUCCUGAGAUAUUUUCUUCCAGGAGCCUGUCCUGACAGUGUGGGCACCCAUUGUGCCAAGCCUGCUUUCCUAGAAAGAGUGAUAGCCUGAGAGAAGGCAGAUAAAAGAGGUCUAAUGUCUGCUGCCCCUCCAGGGAAGCCCAGGCUGAUGACUCUCUUCCUAGUGAAAAGCUGACCCUCCCCUAUGCUCCAAGGUCCUGAAUCUGGACACCCACUGUAACAGAGGUGAAAUGGGUAGCAUCCUGCCCUUGAGGUUUCUUCACCUUCUGAACUUAUGGAUGUCACACUUUUCAGGAAGAUGUCUAGAAUAUCACUCCACUCUUAAAUAUGCCUGUCACUUGAGCUCAAGGUUUGUCUGCCAGGAGACAGGUGUGAAUUGAGAGAUAGACAGGAACUGUGUUUGUCCCACUCCCCUCCCACACCACUAAAAGGUUGUCUCAGCUUUCUGGCAUCCACAGAAAGUCAAAUGGAAACUUGCUAUGUUCCCACUGGUCACACCAAUGCCAUGUCACCCUGAGCAGGAGUAGUCACAUCUCGGGGAAAAAGAAUUUUGGUUACAAGAAAACUCCACUUUAAAAUGCCAGCUACAGAUCACAUAAAGCCAUCCCUUUUUUCUAAAGGGCAUAUUGAGAAUGUUUCCCAUUUGUAAAUUGUUCCCUGAUGUCCUUGUUUAAACCACCACAGCAAAAGGGCAACUUGGUUUGCUGAGGGUCUUUGUGUUCUUCAAUAAGUAAUCAAAAUGUGGAGUAUGUGACUGAAGCAGGUCAGCUGUGUCCAGCUAUGCUCAUGGGCUUCUUGUCAUCCUCUGUUGUAGACAUACACAUAGAGCAAAUGGCCACUAUGUAUUAAAAAGCCAACCCUUGAUGAUGCUGUGUAAAGUUGCCUGAUGUCAGUGUCAAUUGUGUGAUAUCCAGGCUGCCUUUAUGCUGAGCUGUGGGGUUCAGAAAAGGCCCUGGGAACCCACAUCAUCUGUUCUGAUUCUUGUACAGUCUUCAGGCUGAGAAACCUGUCUCAUUGGAAGCUUCUCUUUAUAAAGCAUUAUACUAUAUGGAAUGGCUUGGUCAACUGUGUUCAGUUCAUAAAUAUGUUUUACAUUUUUAUCUGCCUGUUAAAAAUGAACAAAAUAUCUUAAUGAGGAAGACCACAGAUGCAUAAUAAAUUAAAAUCUGUAGUUGAAUUUCCUAAUUUAAAGAAUAGAUCAAAAAUUUUGUGUAUAAAAAAAUG